ACAGAGCAGGCAGGCGGAUGGGUUGCUCGCGCUGCGCGUUACAUGAAGGUUUGGACGAUGAGGAUGGCAGGCAGCGUUGCGCUUGAGAGCUCCAACAUGCUGCACUCUUCCAGGGAUGACAAGCUACCUGUGGUCAACAACUUCAUGGACGCGGGGCACGAGCCGGGCAAAGGGUUGUACUUUGCCGACGGGAAGAGGAAAGUGGACUAUGUGCUGGUCUAUCAGUACCGGAGGCCGUCCUCGCUCCACGAAUCCCCCGGCCAGCACCGGCUCUCUGUCAUCUCCAAUGGCAGCUUCCCUCGAGUGGGCAGCAAAGAGCCCGAAGGGGUCAAGGAAGAGCAUGCGGAGGUGGUGCUGGACAUGGGCCCUGCUGACCCGGCCGAGGGCGAGAAGAUCAUGAUCCGGGAGGAGUUCGAGGCCAACCUGAGGGAGGCUGGGUUGGAGAUGGAGCGGGACAAUGAGCACAAAGUCCAUGGGCAAGGCUUUAUCCGGGUGCAUGCACCCUGGCAGGUCCUGAGCAGGGAAGCAGAAUUCCUCAAGAUCAAGGUGCCCACCAAAAAGAGCUAUGAGAUGAAGGAAGACAAGGGUCUGUCUGCCACUAUGAGCGCAGUAUGGAGGAAGCUGAACCAGCCCUUCCAGCCCAACAUUCCCCACCUGCAGCAGCAGAGCCGCACUAAGUUCCUCUCGCACAGCUUCUCCCGGGACAAGCUCCAUCUGUACAACAUUGAAUCCAAGGACACCUUCUUUGACAAUGCCACGAGGAGCCGAAUCGUGUACGAAAUCCUCAGACGCACCGCCUGCACACGGACCUGCCAAACCAUGGGAAUCACCACAUUAAUAGCUAAAGGAGUGUAUGACUCUGCCUUUCCUCUGCAUGAUGGAGACUUCAAGGACAAUGAACAUUCAGAAGGGACGAAUGACAGACAGCUUUUACAUGAUGAGUGGGCAAGAUAUGGAGCCUUUUUCAAAUAUCAGCCACUUGACCUUAUUAGGAAUUACUUUGGGGAGAAGAUAGGCCUCUACUUCGCCUGGCUUGGCGUCUACACUCAACUGCUAGCCCUGGCCUCUUUGGUGGGCAUCAUUGUGUUCCUAUACGGCUGCUUUACCAUUGACUCCAAUAUACCCAGUCUGGAGAUGUGUGAUGAGACACAGAACUUCACCAUGUGCCCGCUGUGCGACCGGGCCUGUGACUACUGGCAUCUGAGCACAGCCUGUGGCACUGCCCGUGCCAGCCACCUCUUCGACAACCCGGCCACUGUCUUCUUCGCCAUUUUCAUGUCCCUCUGGGCGGUCAUGUUUCUGGAGCACUGGAAGCGCAGACAGAACAGCUUAAACUACAGCUGGAAUAUGACAGGAAUGGAGGAGGAAGAGGAGCACCCCAGACCUAAAUACGAAACCCUACUCCUUCAGAAGAGGCAGAGGAAGAGAAAAAAUAGAAAGAAGAACAAAAGCGAGCCUGAGAAAAGUGUGGAGGAGAGCAUCGAUCUGGGCAAGGACAAAUGGAGACAGUGGUUGCUGUCUGCCAUGGCUACAGGGAACCCGCCUGGAGAUGAGAAGCUUACGUGGAGGGACCGGUUGCCUGGAUAUUUCAUCAAUAUCUCCUCUAUUCUACUAAUGUUUGGUGUGACCUUCGCCGCUGUGUUCGGAGUGAUUAUGUACCGCAUCACUGUCUCUGCCCUGCUGGCCAUGAGCCAAGACCCUCAAAUCAAGUCCAACGCAAGGGUCACUGUCACAGCUACAGCCGUCAUCAUCAACCUAGUCGUCAUUCUCAUCCUGGACGAGAUCUAUGGCUCUGUGGCUGUCUGGCUCACUGAACUGGAGAUCCCGAAGACAGAGACUAACUUUGAGGAGCGUCUGAUUCUGAAAGCCUUCCUCUUGAAGUUCAUGAAUGCUUAUGCUCCCAUUUUUUAUGUGGCCUUCUUCAAAGGCAGGUUUGCUGGCCGGCCUGGGGACUACGUUUAUAUUUUCAAUGAUUACCGUAUGGAAGAGUGUGCUCCUGGAGGCUGUCUCAUUGAGCUAUGUAUUCAGCUCAGCAUCAUCAUGUUGGGAAAGCAGCUCAUUCAGAACAAUGUCUUUGAGAUUGCCAUUCCGAAGCUAAAGAAGCUCUUCCGCUCUCUGAAGGAGAAGAAAAUGGCCCCAGAGGAGCGUGAGGAGCAGACGGGCCGAGCUCUGCGCCAGUGGCACCUAGAUUACAACCUAGAGCCCUUUGAUGGCCUUACACCUGAAUACAUGGAGAUGAUCAUCCAGUUUGGCUUCGUCUCCCUUUUCGUGGCCUCCUUCCCUCUGGCUCCACUCUUCGCUCUCUUGAACAACGUCAUCGAGAUCCGACUGGAUGCUAAGAAGUUUGUCACUGAACUACGCCGGCCAGAUGCAGUGAGAGCGAAAGAUAUCGGAAUCUGGUACAACAUCCUUAGCGGCUUGGGCAAGUUUUCAGUAAUCAUCAACGCUUUUGUCAUCUCCUUCACAUCAGACUUCAUCCCACGGCUGGUUUAUCAGUACAUGUACAGUGAGACUGGCACUAUGCAUGGCUUCAUCGACCACACCCUGUCCUACUUCAAUGUGAGCCAUUUCAAAGCAGGCACAGCGCCUGCUUCGUCAGCUGUCACGGUGUGCAGGUACAAGGACUACAGAGAGCCACCCUGGUCGUCAGAGCCGUACCAGUUCUCAAGACAGUACUGGUCAGUCCUAGCAGCUCGACUGGCCUUUGUCAUACUCUUUCAGAACCUGGUGAUGUUCAUGGGCCUGCUGGUAGCAUGGGUGAUCCCCGAUGUGCCGAAGAACGUCAGUGAGCAGCUGAAGCGGGAGAAGACACUGCUGGUGGACGUCUUCAUGAACGAGGAGAAGGAGAAACUCCAGCUCAUCCAAAGCCUCUUCUCCAAAGAGGCCACGCAUACCCGGCAGCAGCAAUCCCCGCUGUCCCAGCUGGCACAGGACACCUCGGAACCGCAGCUUCCCCUGCCCCACCUUGCCCAGACUGACGACCCAGUCGCUGCAGGAGCCACCAUCCCAUUGACCGCACGGUCCCGCACCCGCCCCCGAGCCGCCAGCUUCAGCCAGUUCACCCGCCAGGGUUCCACAUCGCCCCACAGUGAGGCAGGCAGGCACACGGCCGUGUGAGCGUA